AUGGAAUUGGAAUUGAAAAGGGAUUAUCAAAAAUUAUCUAAUAUGGGUGAUGCUCGUGGAACCCAAUCCGAAAGCGAAUACCCAUUAUCUUAUGUUGAUAGAUCAGACCGAUAUGAUGCAAUACCUGUUGCAAUUAAAUCAAAAGAGAAUCAUGAAGAAAUUGCUG